AUGGUAGAGAUCAGCUUGAUACCGCGACGCGGGAAGUGUGCUACAUUCUUUCCUCAUGCUGGAUACCUUGGGAUCUCACCGGUCUUUGUAGAAGGCCAGAUACGAGCGCACGAACACCCGCAGGAGAAGGAAGUAGUGAAAGCGUUGCAAAUCAGUAUUCGCUUACGAUGCUAUGAAGAAGCGGGACUUCUCAAUCACAUCUCACCUCAGCGCCAGGAAACCAGCAGCAUCCAUCCGACAGAUCGAUCCCGUUCAAAGACCACGCCAGUACUCUGGGAAACUUCGGAGGUGGUAUGGAGAGCCAGCCAAGCGGACAGCAUGGGUUGCGGUAGCUCUGAUUACAUCAAAGUUGGAGAUUUCGAGGCGAAGUGGAAGCUGGUCAUCCCUGCUUCCCCAUCAAUCGCAGGCGCGAUGACUUUCAAAGAUUGGAGGACGUGGUGGCAGGUUGAAGCGGUCAUUCAACGUCCUCACCCACAUCCUCCCAUUACGAAAAGUUAUCCUUUGAAUAUCCGUAACUUCCGCUGCCCUCAAGUGCCAAAGACCCUCAUCUGUCUCGACGAAGUAGUCAAAGACCUCCCAAUGGUCUAUUCAAUCUCAACUCCGGCACACGUCUCUUGUGGAGAUACGAUUACCAUUCCGAUUGUUGUCUCACCUAUUUCGAAACACCAUUCUUUUGCCAUAAAGGCGAUCAAAGGCACCGUGACCCUCGAGCGGAUAAUCACGAUCAGAACAGAGUCCGAGUCACCACAGCGUCCUCGCCUGCGUCCAUCUGCUUCUAUGUGGGACUUGCCGACGCGACGAAGCAGAUCUUCUCUUGAUGCUGGGCCCACUCCGAUCCAAAGUAGCCUUAGGCCUUCCGAUCGUCCAUCGACUGGUUUGAUCAGUCCCUCGAAAUCAAGCCACUACAAGCAGUCAACCACGAUCGACAGAAUUCAGACAGCUGUGGCCCAUUUUCCGAUACUUCAGCAGCAUGAACUUCAGCCUGUAGGACUUUCCACCACAGUCACCAUGAAUAUCCCCAGACCCAAAAGUAAUCACCAUUACUCUAUCGGAGACUCUUGUAAUACAAAGCUUGCGACAGAAACUGAUGCAUAUUCCCCAAUCCAAACUAUCCAGCUUGUGGUGAAGACCCCCCAAGGUGGGAAAUAUACUACCAAAAUUACUACUAGGGAUGUCGAGUUUACUGGGGUGCCUUUGAUUGAGCGGCUGGCGGCAUUUGAUCACAUUGUGCGGUUAAGGCAAAAAAAGGCGUGUCAGACCAAGACAUCCCGUCCAGAGAAUAGGUGUCAUGAAGCUUUGAUGAUCGCAAAUGCCUGA